CAGGAAGCGCCGGGAGCUGCCUCCUUCCUCGCCGCCAGCAUCCUCAUCCUCGCCGCGGCCUGGGGGUCGCCGGGAGGAUGGCAAAUCCCCGGCCCCCAGCCCGGCUGGGGCCCCGGCUAGGAAAACAGAGCGAAAAUUGCUUUAUUUGAGCAGGCGCCCAGCGGCGCGGCAGCAGGGCUGCUGUUUGGGGUUUCUGGUUUGUUUUUCUCGCUGCCUCUCCGCCCCGCCGCGCGAUGUUCAGCCGCUCGGGGUACCAGGCUCUGCCCCUGGGGGACUUCGACCGCUUCCAGCAGUCCAGCAUCGGGCUCUACGGUGCCCAGAAGGGCUUCUUCUCCUUUGGGGCCAAGCAGGACCCCCUGGCACCGGCUGGGAACGGUGCAGAGUCCUCCCAGGGCUGGCUGGCCUGGAUCUGCCACGGCAUCAUCACCUCCCUGGUCUUCCUGCUGAUGGUCGUCACCUUCCCCAUCUCGGGCUGGUUCGCCUUGAAGAUCGUGCCCGCCUACGAGCGAAUGAUCAUUUUCCGCCUGGGCCGCAUCCGGGCACCACAGGGACCCGGCGUGGUCCUGCUGCUGCCCUUCAUCGACCACUGGCAGCGCGUGGACCUGAGGACCAGGGCCUUCAACGUGCCCCCCUGCAAGCUGACCUCCAGGGACGGGGCGGUGAUCUCCAUGGGUGCCGACGUCCAGUUCCGCGUGUGGGACCCGGUGCUGUCCGUGCUGGUGGUGAAGGACCUCGUGGCGGCCACGCGCAUGACGGCGCAGAACGCCAUGACCAAGGCGCUGGGCAAGAAGAGCCUGAGGGAGAUCCACGCCGAGAGGCUGCGCAUCGGGGAGCAGCUGCUGCUGGACAUCAACGACAUGACCAAGUCCUGGGGCCUGGAGGUGGACCGCGUGGAGCUGACCAUGGAGGCUGUGCUGCAGCCCCCCCGUGAGACCCCCCUGGGACCUCCGGCCACCGUGCCCCCGGUGCCCGGGCUGGACGGCACCGCGCAGCAGCUGGCUGCCCACCUCCUCGGCACCACCCUGGCGCUGGCCAGCAGCGUGCCCACCGCCCCCGAGGCAGCAGACAGCGUGGAGACGGUGAGCGAGGUGGAGCCUGCCGGCGCUCCCCACCUCGCCCGGAGGACGCCAAGCGCGGACGAGCUGCUGGCGGCGGUGGAGCCCGUCCUCUGCGAGGCCCUGGUGGGCCAGGUGGGAGCAUCCUUCCAGGUGGACAUCGCCCUGCCCGGCGGCGCACGCAGCUCCUACUUCAUCGACCUCUCCUCAGGCAGCGGGCGGGCUGGCCGCGGCGUCCCCCAGGGCAGCCCCGACGUCGUCCUGGAGCUGUCGGAGAAGGACCUGCAGGACCUGGUCCUGGGCGAGCUGCGCCCCCUGAGCGCCUACAUGAGCGGGCGGCUGCAGGUGAGGGGCGACCUGCACCUCGCCCUGAAGCUGGAGGAGCUCUUCAAGGCGAUGAAGCAGCGCAGAUAGAGCGUGGCGGCGUGCGCGUGGCUUGGUCGGGGCGGAAAGCAGGACCCCAAAGUUUUGGGGGAGCGCCCUGGAGGCCCUGCUGCCCUCCCCGGGGAGCUGGCAGGAGGCAGGAGAAGACCCGAGCGGGGAAACUGAGGCAGCAAAAGCUUCACCUGCUCGGUGAGCUCUGCUGCCAGCCCUUAUCCUUGUUCUCACCCCACGCUACUGGGCAGGAACCAGUCGGUGCCCCAGCUCGGGGACGCUGCGGCCGGGUUUGGGGCUGAGUUUGGGGGCGUUUUGGGGAAUGCCCAGCCUGGAGGCAGCCAGGUCCUGUGUUAAGUGACCGCGCUAAUUGUGCUUCGACGUGCUUCUUUGCAUGCGUGCCGUGAGGUCUGUCUGCAGGGGGGGUGUGCACUGUAUAUAGGCGUACACAGAUACCUAUUUAUUUUGUAAGCUUCCUUAUUUUGUAAGCUUCUAUCACCUCCGGGCGGACAAUAAAGCUGGUCUGGGGGCA